AUGCUUGAUUUCUGCUUAACCUCCGUUCAGGUUUUACUUCUGUUCAGAACGGAUCAUCUUGAUUGUAAUCAUCUGUACUUGGAUAGACCAAACAGUUUUGAAGAUACUGGAGCAUGGAACAGUACAGCUGCUAUCCAAGACACAUGGACUAGUAGUUCAAGUUCUUAUAGACCAGACCCUGGCUGGGGAAUAGCACCUCUACCUAAAUCUCAAGUUGCACAAGAUGAUUUCUCUUCUGAAGAGGACAGUUCGUCCAGUGCUACUCCUGCUCCUAUGUACACAGUUGCCAAGAAACCAAGCCAACAACAGUCAAGGUAUCAUUAUUAUUAA